AUGAGCAACUUUACCGGAUUCUUAUACAAGACUGUCUUUUCUAGAAACUCUACCUUUAUCACUGCCGCCAUCAUUACCGGUUUUGUUUUCGAACAAUCUGUUCAUGGUGUAGUCGAUGUUGCCUUUGCCAGUGCCAACAGCGGUAAAAUCUGGAAGGAUGUCUAUGCUCAAAGACAAGCCAAGGGUAUCUCUGAAUAA